CGAGAAACCAUUUCAUCUCCUCUAUUUAAUCCGAGCCUCGCACCCUCUCUCUUCCAAACUACACAAGCAAAAGGGGUUUCCGUCGAAGAGAAAACUGAAAAUUGCAGACGUCUUUCCUUAAUCUUACGUUCAGAAAUAACCAAGUUGGACAAUGGGGAAAAGGAAGUCAAGAGCAAAGCCAGAAACUAAGAAACGGAUGGACAAGCUUGAUACAGUAUUCAGUUGUCCCUUUUGCAAUCAUGGAACCAGUGUUGAGUGCCGCAUUGAUAUGAAGAAUUUGAUUGGCGAAGCCAUAUGUGGAAUUUGCCAAGAGAGCUUCAGCAUGACAAUCAAUGCCUUAUCUGAACCGAUAGAUGUAUAUAGUGAAUGGAUCGAUGAAUGUGAAAGGGUCAACAAUGUUGAAGAUGAUUAGGCGAGAGGAGAAUUAUAUCUCUGUAACCUGAUGUGAGAGGUGCUGUUAACUCACACAUAUACAUAGGUGUAAAAUAAAGUACUAGCUGCUAGUUUUCCAUUACUUUAGUGGGUACUAUACACACUGAAGAAAUGCUAAUGAUAAAUGCCGUAUCUAUAGUGUGUAAUGAAGACUUCUAUGUCGCCUAUGUGCAACAGACACUACGCUAUGAUGUUUUCUACUACUAAAUUGAAGGUUGCUGUUUGUCUUCAUCUGGAGACAUCUUAGGAGACUUCUAAGCA